GGAGAACAGCGGAAGGGAUGAGGACGGGGGGGGGGGGGGAGGAAGAAGAAAGGUCCUGCCUCCCUUCAGACGGCGCUCAGCUACUUUUAGGCCACUUUGAUUUUUUCCAACUUUACUUUAAUGUUCCCGUGAAAACUCCGCAGCUUCGCGCCGCGCUCAGUCCACACGGCGAAGCCCGCGGGCCGGAGGGAGCCGCGGUGCGACGGACGGCGACAUGUCGGACAGAUCCGGGGCCGACUGGAUGUGACUGGUAGAGACGAGGAUGGAGGGAGAGAAAGAGACAGCAGAGGAGAAGGAGGAAGAGGAGGAGGAGGAGGAGGAGGAGAAAGAGCUUCAUCAUCGCAUCGCCGCCGCGGCCUCUACGGACCACCAGGACCUCCCCAUCAUGCACUGGGAGGAUCUAAGCCAGCGGAUAGCCGAGUUGGAGAAACAGGAGCAGGAGAGGCAGGAAAGGUCAAAGGUCAGCCGUGAAGAAGAGUGGUGGUAUUACCUGUCUAUGGUUCAGUCAGCGGGGUCGGGUUACCUGUCAGUGAGGGGGACGGGGGUGAGGAUGGAGGAUAGUCAGGGGGGAGUGUGGAGAGGCGUGUGGGAGGAAGAGGAGGAAGACUUCAGGAGGUGUCGCGUCGCUGUCGUCACGUCACGAUUUCACAACCACAGAAACCUGCAGCUGUGCUUCAUUAACAACAGCGACAGUGAAGAUGAGGAGGAAGGAGCCGACACAAAGAUUUCCAUGGGAACGGGGCGAAACGGCUGCCAUCCCGCCGGGCUGAAACAGGAAGUGGCCACUGCUCUGAGGACGCUGAGAGACAAACUGCUGGCUGAACAGAAGGAGAAGGAGCGUCUGGCCGGCAGCAGUGGUGUUGCCAAGCGGAAACAUCUGGAGCGUUGGGAGUUGCAGGAGUGUUCAGUGCAGCAGCUCAGCAGCUUGAGAGCAUCACUUCAACAGGACGUACACGCUCUGAGCUCCGAGCUGGUGGCCCACCUGCUGGUACGAGACCAGCUGAGGACGAAGCAGGACGCCAUGCUGUUGGAUGUCCAGGACCUGACCUAACACCAGGACCACAGACUGGAUGGUCCAAUGGAGUUUUCGCCACAACAGCAUGGACAUUUGACCAUUCUGGGACCAUUCUGCUUACUGCAACAAAACAUUAGCCAACAUGCUAAUAUUACUGAAACUGACAAAUCACCAGUGUCCAGAGCAACGAGAAGGCAAUACGAGUCAGUGGUCAAGUCUAAGGAAUACUGAAUAACUUCAAAACCGAAAAAGUGGUAAGACAUCGCUCUGGCAUCGGAUGACAAACUUGAACCUAACAGCAGUUCCACUGUCAGUAACAGUACAAGUUUUCAACACACGUCCAAAGGAAAAGUCAUGAAGAAGAAGAAGUAACGUACGUACGUCAGCAUCUCCAUUCGGUUUCUGGCUAACGAGGAACAAGCCGGGGCAACGGGGCCUGUAAGACAUCGAUAAGAAAGACAAACACAACAGAUUCUGUCAGAGUUCCUUCAAAACUCAGCCAUUUAAUUCAGUGUUGUCGUGUUAGUGCUUUAGUGCAUCUGUUAAGCUGCUCAGGUUGUUUGUAUUGUACCUGGAAAUGAAGGUAGAAGCUGGGAGAGGAAAAAACAGGUUGAUGGCCACCAGUAUAAUCAGGGUAAUCCUGGGUCAACAGACUGGGUGGCCAGUUUUUACAGUUCAGAGAACGAGUCAUGGUUUGAUGAUGGAUGAUUAGCAGGUGACAAUGAGGUGUUGGUGUUGUAUUUCAGUCAGUUUGCUGCUCUGACACGACAUGAAACAACACAAUCAUCAAACAGCCUAGUUUUAAAAGAGAAAUCUUAAAGAACAAACGCACUGUUUUCUGUCAGCGCUCGAGCAGUGUUGUUUUUCCACACAGGACACGUUCAAUCCACCAAUCACACUUUGGCUGCUGUCAAUCAACUGUGAUAACACCAGAUCACACAGUUCUGAUCGAGCAGAUGAGCUCCGUUUUUUCGUGUGUUAAACUUAAUAACAAUUAAUGACGUUUUUUUCCAAACUUAACUUUAAUUGUUGCUUUAGUUGUAACUUUUUUUGUAAAAGAAGAAAAAAGUGGUUUUAAAGGGCUUUAAGAUGCACGAAAGAAAAAAAGGAUGAAAUCUUCAAUCAAACAAAAAACUUCAGGAAUAGCCUUCUAUUUCAAACAAUCUAGUUUUAACAACUGUCUUUGUAUUGGACUUGAAUGUAGGACACAAAUGUAGCGGUGGAGUCUGUGUAUUUGAAUUUGUAUUUGCUGAUUAAAAACAGAUUUUUCUCAGGUAGGAGGUUUAUCAGCAGGUUCGCUCAGUUUCCCUCCCCGGUGAAAAUCAAACCGUUUAGAUUGGAGGGAAAUCAAAACUGAAAUGUUUUUGGGAUCAAAUUUUAUACAGACCAUAAUAUCUUGAUUUAAUAUAACUCAGUAUGUUGUCGACAGAAAUGAGACAAAACCGUUAAACGCCAUCAGAAAAAGGGGAUUUGUUUUAUUUAAGUUUUAUUGUUUUAUACUGUAUUACUUUUCCCUCUGAUUAUAUUAUAAUCCUAUAAGAAGGGAACAGUUCACCCAAACAGCAUCUGUAGCAAGACAAGUCAUACUUUUUUUUCUUGGUUGUUAUUUCUGUUAUUUUUUUUCCCUAAAAACACAAACAAAAGGGGAAUUUCACCAAAAUUAGUUUCUGAUGGUGUCGUUACUGAGAAAAUGUAAAAUUCUCAGGCAGUGAAAGUAAAUAUCUAACGUUUGAAAUUAGGUUCAUGGACCCGGCUGUCCAUUUGUUCUAAAAUUAAAAGCAGUUACAGUUGGUGAGCUGCCUUUUUAAUUUCAUUUAUGAUUUAUAAUAAUAAUUUUACACAAAUGCAUAAAACAACAGAGGCGUAAGAUUUUGGUGGCAUUCCUCUUUAACUGAUGCUAAACACUUCAGGUACAGGCUGCAGUUAUGUUAUUGUUUACUUGUAAUAAAUACAAGGGAAUAAUCCACUUAAUAUAGCCAGGUAUAUGUGAUGAUGUACAUGAAACAUUGCUGCUGUGUUUGGAGUUUUCUUCCUACACCUUCACACCUGGGUGAUUUUUUUUUUAAGCUCUGGAACAUUUUUAACGCAGUGUUUUCUUCUAACUGCAGCAAUUUACCUUUGGUUUAAACACUAGCCAAGGAAUAUUUAGACAAUUUAAAGUGUGGCUUUUACCACCACAGUGUCCUUUAGUACCUUACAAAGAAGUUAUAUUUUGAUACUGAUAAUUUCUACAUUUUCUCACAUUGAUCUGUGAUAAGAAGCUGAAUGUCAUAUUAACGGAGGGACAUGUACUGUAAAGGGACAAUGUGUCUUUCUGAACUUUUUUAUUCACAUUUAUAUAUAAAGUCACACUGAAAUGUUAUUAUGAGAGAGUCAAAGUAAUGAAGCAUGUUUAAUGUGAUAAUGUGUGAGGGAUAAUUCUGACUGGUUGAAUAAUAAGAAUAAUAUUUUGUCCUGAGAAUGAAUUAACUUAGUGAACAGGUUGUUUUUCAUUUCACUGUGACUUUAAGAGUAUUUAGAGAUGUAUUUUAAAAUGUAAAUAAAAUGAAUUAAAGUGUAUUUGUGAAUGUAAACAUUGAUUCUGAAAUAUAUUUUGAGAGGCAUAAAGAUGAUGUUUUU